CACUACCUGAAUGCAAACAUUAAAAAAUUAAAAAAAAAAAUUCUAUAUAUAUUAAAAAUUAUUUUUUAAAAAUGUGUCAAUGCGAAAGUUGUGCCUGUAUGGACGAUAAGUGCGGUACUACACUUAAGGAAAAACAAAUUGUUGUUAUCGUCUUGUCCUGGGUAUAUACUCUCUUUACUCUCAUAUAUGCAGCGGUUCAAAUAGAUGCUGCGUCUAAUAGACUACAAACAAGAAGCGAAAGAGAUGCAACUAUUGCAUACUUAAUAAUAUUGAUAUUUACGUGCUUACAAAUUGUAGGCGCUAUAUUUCUUACAGUCGGUUUUUGCUGUAACAAAAAACUUCUAUAUUUACUCGGCAUAAUUUUUACCUCGUUACUGAUGUGGCUGCCAAUUCUUCAAAUCUUUCUUAUCAUAUGGGCAUGUCGAUAUUAUAGCGUAAAAAUGUAGGGUUCGAUAGUAAACUAUUUGAAGCAAAUAAUAUGUCAAAUUCAA